CCCACUGUGUCCUCCCCCCUCAAUCCCCAUGGCUUAUUCUCCCUAGCGAUGAAAAAGCCCGCAGCCACCGCCUCUCCUCCAACCCCGCCGACGACCGAAACCGAGCCUACAAGAUCCUUCUCCCUGAAGCUCUCUGGGCUCGUCGCCGCAUAGUCUACUCCGGCGCCGGUGGCUGGAUCCUCACUUUCCAAAACACCCAAACCCUAGCUUUGUUCAAUCCUCUGACUCACUCCUCCAUCUCUCUCCCUCCGCUGCCAUUGACCGAGUGGGACAAGAACAUGACAGGUUAUUUGUACAUGAGAGCUAAGACCUUCGGAUCCCAUCUCUUCGCAGCCCUUUUCCCCAAUCUUGGUGACAUCUUCCUCUGCGGGCUUGGUGAGAGCUCGUGGAGGAGGAUCCAAGGACAUCAUUAUGAUUCAGCUACUGAUUUUGUAUAUCACGAUGGAAGACUCUAUGUCAGGAGUUGUAAUGAAAUCACAGUUUUUGACCCGCGCACUCUUGAAAAGCUCGGGGGGGUUUAUGUUCGAUCCGACUCGGUUCGUGAUUACCUCGUUGAAUCUCCUCAGGGGGAGUUGUUGUUGGUGGGGAGGAAAUAUAAGAGUGACUGUAAGAGAUUCAAAGUGUUUUGGCUGGAUUCAAGCGAUGAGAAAAUUGUUUCUGUUGAGUUAACUAGUAUAGGCGACAAUGUGUUGUUUGUGGAUGAAGUUCAAGCUAUGGCUUUUUCUGCUGGAGAUUUGGAGGGUUGUAGAUGGAAUUGCAUUUAUUUUGUGGACGGUCUUGGCGAGGAGGGAGAUAAGGGGCUGAUGUUGUUUGACAUCGAAAAGGGCCAGGUUGAACAUGCCCCGUUGUUUACGUUUACUUCUGAAGAGUGUGGACGUUGGGGAAGAGCUACGUUGGCUGGUCCAAGCCUUGAUUACUGAUUUUGUUGAAAUGAGCAAGGCUUCUUCUAGGAUAGUACAGUGGUUAUGGGAAGAGUUUGAUAUGUUAGAUGGUGUCAACUUCACCUAAAGUUAUGGUUUGAUUGAUGAUGGAAGAGGACAUGAAGUGUGUUUUAGACUUGAGUUUUGUUUGAAGGGAGUAAAUUCUCUUGGUUCUGUAUCCUGUUUAAGGUUCAACUGUGGUAGAUUAUUGUUACAAAGUUGUCACGUUCUUUGAGCUUUUAUUGUUUAGUCCUGCUUUAUGUGUGCACUGAAUACACCUCAAGAUGUACUUUGUGUUUUCGUGUUAUCAUUUUCUGAGGAAAUAAAGCUUUUGAGUGUCGUUUACUUCCA